AUGAACCCCGUCUCACCGCCCUCCACAAGAGGUAUGCGGGACUAUAUCCCAGACGUCCCCUCAGACGGCGAAGAUUACGACGGCUUUCUCGCAGAGGAAGAGCCCAUCGAGGGUGACUUCACCCCCCGCGCUGUUCUCGCCGGGCUAGGAGUCGGUGUAGUGCUUUGCAUGACCAACAUCUACUUUGGUCUGCAGACAGGAUGGGUAUCCAUGAUGUCCCUCCAAUCGGCCCUCUUGGGCUUUGCAGUCUUCCGUAUACCUGCCCUGCUGCCACGACUCUUUCCCAACAUGCGUCCUCUUACACCUCAAGAAAACGUGGUCCUGCAGACAACAGCAGUGGCAACGGGGACAAUGCCCCUUGCUGCUGGGCUGGUGGGGAUUAUUCCGGCUUUGGGGAUGAUGACUGAGGAGAUUGAUGGGCAAGGGCCAGUGCAUAUGGGAUGGGGCAGUCUGGUCAUGUGGUGUCUAGCUGUGGCCUUCUUUGGUGUCUUCCUCGCUGCACCUUUGCGGCGGCAAGUCAUCGUCAAAGAGAAGCUCGUCUUUCCCUCGGGCACUGCUACUGCGCAGCUCAUCUCUCUACUACACCAGAUCCCUCCGCCUGCCGAAGUGCAAGGAACCCGUUCUCGGGCAUACCGCCGCCUUCCCCGAACUUCACACUCUGUUUCCCCUGCUAGGCCUCGACAUGAAGAGGAAGGAGCAGCAUCAUUUGUUGAUGGUUGGAGAGACGGGGCAGUGAGACUAGAGGAAGAGGAGAAAGACAAGGAACUCAUGACGGGAAAGGGGUGGUGGGCUUUGGGAUUUUCUUUCCUUGCAAGCGGCACCCUAACGGUGUUAUCAUUCCUCUUCCCUGCCUUGUUUGCCAUACCAGUCUUUGACAUUGUGGGCCUGCCAUUCGGCGCUCAUCUCGCUGCGAACUGGAUGUGGUGGUUCACCCCAUCUCUAUCAUACGUCGGUCAAGGUAUCAUCAUGGGAUUGCCCGUUACAUUGUCCAUGAACUUUGGUAUGCUUGUUGGCUGGGCGGUCCUCUCUCCGUUGUCCAAGCAUCUCGGCUGGGCUCCGGGUCCAGUGUCUUCCACUACCGAUGGCGCUCGUGGCUGGAUUCUCUGGGUCGCUCUGGCCAUCAUGAUUGCCGAAUCCAUAAUCUCUCUCCUCCCCAUAACCAUCUCCCACGCCUCUACCCUCCUGAGGCAUUACCAUCAACGUACCGCCCAUUCAAAUGUCUUUGUCUCUACCCCUCAAUCUCAGACUCAAAGGUUGUCUUCCGAAGACGACUACUACGACCCUCCCUCCGAAGACGAGAAUGACGAUCCCGAAUUCGAGCCUCCCGAGAGACUUGUACCAGAGUUGUGGGUCAAGUGGGGCUUGGCGCUAAGUGCUCUGGGCGGUGUGGGCCUCGUAUGGGUGGUAUUUGGGUCAGAUGGUAUCAAGCCAUGGGCGACAGCUUUGGGGCUGGUCCUGGCGAGUGUCUUGAGUUUGAUUGGGGUGAGGGCUUUGGGAGAAACGGAUCUGAACCCUGUCUCUGGGAUCGGAAAGAUCAGUCAACUGUUGUUUGCUGUCCUCCAACCUGGCAAUGUGGUCGCCAACAUCAUCGCGGGUGGUGUCGCCGAGGCCGGUGCUCAGCAGGCGGGAGACCUCAUGCAAGAUCUCAAAACAGGCCACCUCCUCCGCGCGUCGCCUCGAAGUCAAUUCUAUGGUCAAAUGAUUGGCAGUCUCGCGAGUGUAUUUGUCGCCACCGCCGGCUACAAGUUUUACACCUCGGCGUAUACCAUCCCCGGUCCUGAAUUUGCCGUCCCCUCCGCUGGCAUCUGGCUCAACCUCGCCAGGCUUCUGAACAAUGGCCAUCUGCCGCUGCACGUCGUGCCAUUUAUGCUCGCUUUCGGUGCCAUCUUUGCCCUCGUAUCCACAGUCAAAGCGUUCCGUACAUCCCUUCCGCCAUCAGUCUCCUCUAGCAGGCUCAUUGCCUACCUUCCGUCAGGUAUCGCCUUUGCAGUCGGCUUCCUCAACUCGCCCUCCUUUUCCAUCGCCAGGCUGAUAGGCGGAUAUGUCGCUUUCCGGUCUGCAAAACUGAGCGGAGCUGGAGAGACGCCGCUGUUGGCUAUCGUGGUAGCGAGCGGAUUUGUGCUCGGCGAAGGAGUCGUCAGUGUUGUGACUUUGGGAUUGACGAGCGCUGGGUUUGGUGCUGCCAGCUGUUGGGGAUGUGGCGUGGGUGGAGGCGGGUAUUGCUCUGGGGGCUGUGCAUGA